CGCCGAGACAAGUCGAUGAUCAUCUUCCUGCCUCGCCAACUGGACGGGCUUGCGCUGCUGGAGGAGAAGCUGACCGGAGACCUGUUACUGCGCUACGUGGACGAACUGAAGGAAGAGCGCGAAGUGGCCAUCAGCUUGCCACGCUUCUGUGCUAAACAGGUCGUCAAUAUGAAGGAGACCCUCUCCUCCAUGGGCAUCAAAGACGUCUUCACGGGCUUCGCGGACCUUUCGAGAAUCGUGGGCACCAAUGGAUACCACAUCUCGCAGGCGAUGCAAUGCGCCGUGGUAUGCGUCAAGGAGAAGGGGCAGAAGCUGAUGAAGCCAGAAGGGGGAAGCGAAGAGCUGACCCAGUUUGCCGUAGACCGCCCUUUCAUGUUCUGUGUGGUCGGCAGGAAUCCGGACGUCAUCUUACUCAUGGGCUCCGUGAGAGAGAUACAGCUGCCCUAUAUAUGACG